UUCUCACGGAGUGACCCACUUCUUGUUAUACUCGCCUCGGUGUUGUUAGUAUUGUUGACAUGUGUCAUUGGUACACUUUCAUCAUCGGGCAACAACGAUCGGGCCAUUCCAAAUUCGGUAGAACGAAAUCGAAGAUACGCCUUAAGCGAAUUUCUGAUUCCACCGCCAUUACCACAAACGCCAUCACGCGUAUUUCCCGGAGGAAGGACUGGCCGUACUUCUAAUCCACACCCUGUUGAAUCACCCGGUUACUUCUCAAAGUUUAUUAAUUGGUUUAAUCCAUUUGCAAGUGGUACUUCUGUUGAAACACUACCACCACCACCACCUCCACCUCCGGAUACGCUUCAUCCACCAAAGUUUCUUCAAUCGCACAUACCACCUUUACCACCACAACAACCUGGACCACUACUACCACCAGUACAACCACCAUCAAUACCAUCGUCUUCUGGAUUUCCAUUAGCAACUUUACAAAUUUACAAUGCACCAAUACCUCCUGUUUUUGACAGGCCACCUUUACCGCAACCACCAACGCCUUCGGAUAUUUACAACAAACUUAAACCACAAGUUAAAGACAAGAAUUGUAAUCCUUGCAACAAAGCUCCAUGGUUGCCCAUGAAUUAUCAAGGAACAUAUCUUCCACCUCAUAAUCAAGGAUUAAUCGCUGCUGCAUCUCAAGAAGUUAAAGUACCUGAUUUCUUUUACGCACCACCAUUGUUACCUGAACAAAAUGGACAACAUUCGUCGAUAGGACCAUUACCUAAUCCACAUUUGUAUCCAGGACCAAUGCCACCUUUAUUCAAAGCAGAAUUAUUCGAUUAUAAUUCACAAUCGAAUUAUCCAGUUAAUGGAAAUUUACAAAACCAUGAAAUACCUGUAUCAUCAAGUGGUUUACUUGAAAGUAGUUCAUCUUUACCAUUACUACCGAUCUAUCAAUCUAACAAUUCUGGUGAUAAGAAUUUGGGUAUUCCACAAGAAGGACAAACCAUUUAUGAAAGCCAUCAAGUGUCCGAUACGAGAUUAAGUCAAAAUGAUUUUGCUAAUCAAGGUUAUUCGAAUACUCAAAUUUCUAGUGGAGCUCAAAUAGAUUCAUUUUCAAGUGCUUCUCAUAAUAAUCAACAAGGAUCCAUAGCUUAUCCAAAUCUCAAUCAAGAAAAUGAUGGCACGUUGAUUAAACAACAACACAUUGAUGAAGUUACUAGAAUAAAUCAAUUUUCUGAACCUGAACAUUUUGGUAAUAAUCAACAACAAUUCGUUGAUACUUCAGGAUUGGAUUUUCAAAGGACAGAUCAAAUAAUUUCACCGUCUGCAAUAGGAAACGAUCAGUCUUACGUUUAUAGUAAUACAGGAUCGGGACAACAAACUUACAAUGGUGAUAUUAUUUCGUCUAAUAUUGGUACGGUGAAAGAUUCUCAUGCAUCUGGUACCGAUGGUUUUACAAAUGUUGAAAAUCCGAUAUACUUCGAACAAUCUCCAUUGACCGAUUUAACUAAAACUAGCGAAAGUCGUACGGAUUCACCCACAAUAUCAUCAUCAUCUUCUAGUUUCGUUGAUAUUGAUGAAAAAUUGAGUACACAGACACCAACGUAUUAUGAAACAACUUCGAAUCCAUUCCAAGAUGAAAUUAAUCGAUUGGCAUUAUUGGAUAACAACAAUAAUAACAAUAAUAAUAAUAAUAGUAGUUAUUCUAAUUAUUUAACAGAAAGUACCGUAAUCAGAGAUUUGUUUGGAAUCAAUCCAAUUAAUGAACAAAAGUGGAUUAAUAACAAUAAUAAUAAUAAAAAUAAUGAUAAUAAUAAUAAUAAUAAUAAUAAUAAUAAUAAUAAUAAUAAUAAUAAAGGGAAUACGUUGAUUAACAAAGGUUUGCAAAAUUUGGAAACUUCGUUCAUUGCACCGCAAGCUCAAUCAGCUGCUGAUUCCUGGUUGGUUGUUUUGUCGACAACUAUGAGAACAAUCCAGGAUGAAACUUUGUUAGAUAAUUUAGGUAAUAACAAUUAUGCUAAUGUACAAAAUCAUAGUUUACAACAAUACGGUGGAAAGAGAAAUAAACAGGUACAGGUAAUAAUUCCAUAUACGUCACAAUACACGCCAUUACCUUUCCAUUCAUCUUACGAUAAUAAAGAUAACGUUGAACGAACACAAUCACGAACAAUAUCGUUUGACGAUGUAUCCAAUCGUGACAAUUAUGUCAGUCAAGAAUCUCGAAAUGAGAAUAAAGUGAUAAGUUUACCAGAACCAGUGACAAUUACCAAUGAUUUUAAUACGUUGAACGAUCAUACGAAGAAUAUUGAAACAACUACUCAACCCAUUUCUAAUAUUAUUACGAAAAAGUUUAAUAAUUCUAUAGACGUUCAUAGAUUGCAAAAAAAUAUUGACAAUUGGACUAUACAGGAAUAUUCACGUGGUACAACGUUUAGUACCAUAUUACCUAGUUCUUCUCGUCCAUAUUUACAACCAUCGAAAAAAAUACCCCACGAAUAUUUUACGACAACUGAAUCUGUGGAACCAUCGAAAGAUCAUGAAGAAAAUGUUAAAUCAUUUGCAUUGGCUGGAUUUAGUUUUAACGAUAUCGAAGAUGAGGGACCUAAUUCGUUCGAAGAAACUCGAAUACAGACUGUACGCGUAGAAAAUCCAACGAUUAAAAAUGAAUCGAAUGAGUUUAAUGUAAACGAAAAUAAAUCGAAAUCCAACGAAUCAGAAAAUUCUUGGAAAGAUUUUCCAGUAUCGAUUUCAACGAUCGAUAAAGAACGAGUAUACGUGGUGACACCUCAAACAACUACGACAAUUGCAAUGAAACUUCAAAAGGAAGAAAAUAAAUCUACCAUAAUAAAUAGUUCCCAGAAAAAAGAUAAUAAGCAGGAUGAAUUUGAAAAGAUAGAACGUGCCUAUCAAGUUUUACCUCAAGCUGUAAAUAAUUUAGCAGUUGCUUCGACAGGUCCUGAAAACCUUCCUUUAUGGGGUAUAAUGGAACAUGAAGAAUUUGCAUCGUUGACACAGAAUCCUGACGAGAACAAUGAUGAUGAAUCGAUUGUUGCACCUAUCCUUUAUUCAGGACAUUCCAAGGUUUCACGUGCUAGACGAUGACUAGAUAAAUGGAUGUUUGAUUUGUAUAGAUAAAGACAUUAUGUGCUUUUGUUUUAUCUCUGAUAUAAUUUGUGCAACUCGUAUUAUAGAUAAGUAAUAUUUGCACGAUCGUCGAGAAACGUUCUUAAUUAUUAAAACUUUCCGUUCGAUGUGAACAUGAUGAUGAUGAUGAUGAAGAAGAAAAUAAUGAUGAUGAUAAUGAUGAUGAUGAUGUAGAAGAAAAGAAGAAGAAGAAGAAGAAGUCGGUCAGGUGGUAAGUCAAGAAAACACGGACAAACCACAAUUUCUCAUAGUUGAGAUAUUUAAUUUAAAUAUAAAUCGAUAAGAGUAAUUAUAUUUAAGAUUAGUAUUAAACUCGAAUGUGUGAUUGAUAAUGAAUGAUGAUUAUGAUAAUGAUGUUGAUGAAUAUGAUGACAAGUUGAGAAUAUCAAACACUAAUAAUUAGUGUUUUGUUAUUUUUAUU